UUAUUUAUAUACACUCAAAUGUUCAUUUAUGUUCCUCAUAAUUUUCUUAAUUUAACAAUAUUUUAUAUUGAACAACAAGACCAAAACGCGAAAAGAAAACAAUUCCUCCUGCUUUCCGAUCUCCUUACUUGGUCAAGUACAAGGAUCUGUUUAAAGAUGAGAAAGCCAUGAACCAAAUUGCAGUAGACUUUGCUCUUGGUGGAAAAGAUGAAAGUGCACUCUUAUACUAUGAUGGCUUGAAUCUCAUCAAUAGAAAUGAAAUGAAAACUCUUGGAGAUGAUGUUGAAGUGACAAAUUGUGUCAUAGAUGGAUGGGCAAGGUUUCUUAAUCAUAAAAAGCCGAGAAACAAGAUUUAUUUCUCAACAGUGCUUCAUCACAUUAUGUGCACAAAUAGAGUUUGUCAAGAAGGAUCAUCAAUGAAGACAAGAAUUAAUGCCUUCAUAGAAAGAAUUGACAAUGAACUGAAGUUGAAUAAAAUUGACAGCAUUGUUGGAUAUAAACAGGUCUUCUUCCCAGUAUCAACUUCUCAACAUUUUUUUUCUGUUGUGCGUCAAUCAUAUAGAAGACAAAAUUCAUAUAAUUGACAAUAGAAAACUACCAAAAAAGGUAUCAGUCCAAGCAAAAUAUGAAGAA